AUUCGGAGAACUCAAGAACAUGAGCUCAAUAUACCAAUGACAUCGCAUGAAAACUACAGAAUCUUCCGAGAAUGUCUCUCGAGUGCUAUUGUCGCGCGCUCUGAGAAACCAACGUCUAAACGCAGGACGAAAGUCAAGCGCAAUGGACGUAAAGAGGUGACCGUCACCAAGACCGAGGUCGUAUCUUCUGAACGAGCAAAUCCAGAGGAGUUGGCUGAGUUUAUUGACUUCAUCGCCUCCGAAACCUUCGACUCCUUCCCUGAAGAUCUAAAGACACUUUCCUUCGCCGGAAUCCAACAUGAUGCGGAUCUGGCGAAGAAGUACAUCCCCCUUGAUAAAGAUAUACCUCUCGAUCGCGCAGUCCUCGACUCGAUAUGCAUAGUCACACCCGUCGAUGUCACAGACUCAUUAUCCGUCUACGGACUCAUACCCGACUCGGCCGAUUUCCCCGACUUCAUAUCCCCGGUUCUGUCGGAAUAUAUUAGCAGCGUGACGACUGGGCCGCCAGCGUGGUCAUCGACCAAGACAGAUGCAUGUGAGAUCUGCGAGCGGGACUGGAUCCCGUUGUCGUAUCACCAUCUAAUCCCGCGGGGUGUGCACGCUAAGGUUUUGAAGAAGGGGUGGCAUGAUGAAUGGAUGUUGAAUAGCGUUGCUUGGCUUUGUAGGGCCUGUCAUAGCUUUGUGCAUCGGAUGGCAGGGAACGAGGAGUUGGCGAGGGAGUGGUUCACUGUUGAGAGAAUUAUGGAGAGGGAAGAUGUGAGGGAUUGGGCGAAUUGGGUCGGUAGGGUGAGGUGGAAAGCGACAUAA